ACGAGUUACCAAAAGAAAACAAAAUCAGAAAAUAAAUUCAAACGCAGCCGGCAACAGGCGAAUCGCCGCCGUAUCACCGUCGUUCGCCACCGGAGACCGAUGCUCCACCGCCACAACUUAACCACCUCUAUGUCGGUUAUUAUCUUCACUCAACUCUUUGCAGAUCUUCAAAUAAAUGAAUUGUAAACUCUCGGUGACCUUGAAAACCCUAAUUUUCGCCUCAUCGGAACGUGUUAAGUUAUUUGUUUUGAAAUUCGUUUGAUCGGGAGUCUGUACGUAGAUGUGAGAGUACACUGUAGUUGGUGGCUGGAAGCUGUGAAUGAAAGAGUUACUUAGCGGUAAUGUUUAUGCAAACAUGGAUGCUAACGGUGUUAAGUUGGAGCCCGACAUACUCAGCGUAUCAAGUCAACUAAAACAGUCCCAUACCAUUAUCUCUAUAGGUAGAAGAUUUGAAAAACAAGAACAGUCAGCAGCUGAUGCUGCGAACUUUUGUUCCACGUCACCAGUUUGUGAAGCCCCUAUAAUUCGGCAAUUCUGGAAAGCUGGAGUUUACAACGAUGAGCUUGCUUCUAAGCCCACAACUCAAUCUGGUUCAACUUAUCUACAUAUACAUCCGAGAUUUCUUCACUCCAAUGCUACUUCUCACAAAUGGGUUUUUGGUGCUGUAGCUGAGCUUAUCGACAAUGCCGUAGAUGAGAUACAAAAUGGGGCUACAUUUGUAGUUAUCGAUAAAUACAUGAACCCAAGAAACGGAAGCUCAGCAUUGUUAAUCCAAGAUGACGGAAACGGGAUGGAUCCAGAGUCAAUGCGCCGAUGUCUGAGUUUUGGAUUUUCCGAUAAAUCCUCAAUAUCAGCGAUUGGAAAGUAUGGAAAUGGCUUUAAGACCAGUACUAUGAGGCUUGGAGCUGAUGUCAUAGUUUUCAGCCGUAACAUAACUAACAGCAAAGUGACUCAAAGCAUUGGACUUUUAUCGUAUACAUUUUUGACUCGAGAGGGUUAUGACAGAAUAGUAGUUCCCAUGGUUCACUAUGAGUUCAACUUCGUUACGAACUCUUUUGUUUCCCUACAAGCAAAAGAUAACGAGUACCCUAAUUUAAAUAUGUCUAUGCUGUUGAAAUGGUCUCCAUAUUCAACAGAAGAGGAACUACUUAAACAAUUUGAAAACGUGGGUCCUCAUGGCACAAAAAUCAUCAUAUACAAUCUAUGGCUUGAUGAGGAUCGAGGUAUGGAGCUAGAUUUCGACUCGGAUCCCGAGGAUAUUUGUAUAACUCGGAUUGCGAGUAACAAGCUAAAGGAUGGUUCUCGUCAAGCCACAAGCGGACAUCUUGCCAACCGGCUUCGUUAUUCUCUCCGUGCAUACUUAUCAAUCUUGUACUUAAAAUUACCUGAAACUUUCGCAAUGGUAUUGCGUGGGAAAGUCGUCCUGUAUCAUAACGUUGCUACAGACUUGAAGUACACAGAAUUUAUCAUGUAUAAACCUCUUGAGGGUUCGGUGGUUACAACGAUCGGUUUUCUCAAGGAGGCACCACAUAUCAAUGUUCAUGGAUUUAACGUCUACCACAAAAAUCGCCUGAUACUGCCAUUUUGGCCCGUGGUUAGCUAUUCUUCAAACAGAGGGAGAUGCGUAGUUGGUAUUCUUGAAGCAAAUUUCAUCGAGCCAACUCAUGAUAAGCAAGAUUUUGAAAAAACUUCUGUUUACCAAAAACUUGUUCAUCGGUUAAAAGAAAUGACAUUGGAGUACUGGGAUUACCAUUGUGGACUGAUCGGUUAUCAAAUUCACCGAAAACCUCGACCACCAUCCGCUACCCCAGGUGCCACUAAUUUCGUUCAUCAGCACGGUCCAGAACAACCCGCUCUCUCGAGGAUAUACAAACACACCGCUGGCGGUGACAAAACCAAAAUACCGCCAAUGAUAACUACCAUAAAUAGCAGGGCAUCUUUUCAAUCAAAUUUGUUACCGAACAUAGUACAACAACCAAGCUUCCCUCCAGGUUUCCAACAAGGGUCAAACUUGAAGAGGAAAUUAAGUGAACUACCUAUGAUGUUCAAAUCAGAGGCGCGGAUGGAAGAGAACAGAAAGCUUCGAGCAAAAUGCUCAGAAUUUGAGAAGGCGGAAGAACGACUCAAGCUCAAGGUGAUUCAGCUUAAAAUGGAAUUAGGAGAGGCCCAAAAGGAGUAUGUUCGUUUAUUGGAUGAGUUGCAAUGCCUGGAGAAGGUGAAGUGUGAAACAAGUUUUCAAUAUAUUUAGAUGUUUUAUUAGCAUAAUAAUAAUAUUAUUAUUAAUAUGUAUUUAGAUUUGUAAAAUAAUAUUCAUUUUUUGUUUGCAAAGGUGUAUCCUAUUUUCAUUUCUAGACUUAACAUGUAUGAAAAAUAAGCACCAUAAUUAGUAGGAAACACUACUAUGAUUUUAUGAGAUAAUUAGUGAUUUAGUGUGCAUUAAUAUUUAUACCAA